AUGAGCGGAUCUUCAGGAUCUACACCAUCUUCACCUGGAAUGUGCCUAGUUUGUAGACUAUCCUGUCGAACUCACUUCCACUUUGGUGGAGCUUCGUGUACAGCCUGUGCUUCAUUUUUCCGAAGAACAGUUUCCCUGAACAUUAGAUAUGUGUGCAAGCGAGAAAAUGAUUGUAUCAGCUCACCGGAAGUUCGGAGCAUCUGCCGAGCAUGCAGAUAUGAUUGUUGUAUAAACAAAGCUGGAAUGAACCGGGAUUUGGUGCAACAGAGGAAAAAUGACAAGAGAACACCGAAAUAUGUUUUGAAUUCCAGGAACGAAGGAGGGGAAAUAGUGAGAGACUACACCACAAACUCUUAUACAACGUUACACGAGUUCUCACAAGGAGAACAAUCAGAAAGCAGUCCAUCUCCUUCAGUGAGCAGUGAAGGGAACGAAGAAUUCAGCAAAAUUCUGGAUGUAAGCCACGGAGAGCUUUUAAACUACUAUGUAAAACAAGUAGAGCUUGCCAAGAGUGCAAAUGUAAAGAAUACUCUUCUGGUAAACAAUAUUGAGGAACUUCUGGAGGUAAUAAACAUUCAAAGCGAGUGGGCACUCGACGCUUGUACGAUGUGUCCUGGAGUUGAUAUUCUCGAUCGGGAUGACAUCGUGGUUCUGCUUAAAUAUUUUGAGUUUGCCAAUAUUUGGAUUGAUUCACUCUGGGAGUAUUCUACCUCAUUGAACAAAGAAGGUUCGAUAGAAAAUGCGAUGAAACUUGUAAUAGAAGGGCCCCCCACACUGUUCAGUGUGAGCUUAUUUUUCUUUGCUCCUGUGCAAAAUAUCAAAAAUGUGUAG